AUGGAGUCCAUCGUCGCAAUCUACGGAUCGUCGUCCGAGUCAUCUGAUGCUGGUCAGGUCUCAUCCGACAGUGAAGCCGAGUGCGAUGCAGGAGAGGAGUCGAGUGCUCAUGAGGAUACACAGACCGGCUCGAAGCGGAAGCGCUCCAGCGAACUGCAAUGGAAGCGAGCGUUUCCACACGUGGAUGGCAAUUGGCCAAGCCAUGUACGAAUUGACAUCGUAGUCGACCACGAGCUACGCAAACUAGCCAUGAACGCAAUUGAACGUGCUCAGGACAUCGUCGGUGACACGAUUGCACUGGUGCCUUUUGACGAGCUCCAGCUGAGCGAGAGUUCAGCGACUGACAACGAAAACAGGGCUCUACAUUUGAGUCUCUCGCGACCGUUCGUCCUCACUUAUGACCAGAUCAAUGCUUUCGUCGACUCGCUUCGUGCCGCGCUCAAGUGGCGACAACGGUUCAGCAUCACUCUGCGCCGCAGUCAUGUGCUGCUGAACGAUGAUAGGACACGCUCGUUCCUAGCCCUCCGUGUUGUUGAAGGAGAAAGCGGUAUCGUAAACCUGCUGCAACGCGUGGAUCAGUGCGUCGCGCGCUUUGGACAGCCUGUUUACUACCAGGACCCCAUUCCACAUAUUAGCAUCGCGUCUUCGAUGGGCGAAAAGCUUGCGCAACUAACAUCGGAUCAAUGUGAAAGCCUCCUCACCUUCCCGACGGAAAAGAGGCAGGCGACAACAUUACACUCCUUCACGACAAGCGUAGCUGCAGUCCACGUCGCUGCAGGCAACAAGCACUACGACAUCCCACUCCGCUAA